CAGAGUCAGCUGAUCUCUGCUGGUUGCUGAUGAACUGGAGAAGGAUGGCGGCUUUAGUCCCUGUCGUGUUUGUGCUCUACUCUUUUGUCUUUGCUGGUGUCCACGGCGAUGCCUUCACUGUACUUCAGGCUCCAAAAUAUGUGUCUUUCCAAAAAGGAGACUGGCCUGUUUCUGGAGAGAAGAUUGCUGAUCUGGUGGCUUUAACCAUGGGCUUCUCAGUUCAAGAGGAUCUGGCCUGGCCUGGCCUUGUGGCUGGCUCUUUGUUCCAGCGUCCGCGAGCCAGCGUUGUGGUGGUGGUGAGAGGAGCUGAUAGCCUGGCUUUCCCUCAGACUGUGGCUUCCUAUCCUCUGGAGAAUCCGGUUCCCUUCACCCUGGAUAACGUCGCGGAGACUGUCCACUCUCUGUUUGCUGAGGACACUCCAGUUGUCCUGCAGUUGGCCCCUAGUGAAGAGAGGCUGUACAUGCUUGGCAAAGCCAACGCUGUUUUCGAGGAACUGCCGGUUACCUUGCAGCAGAUUCGUGCCCGUUUGUCCCAAGAGGGUUCUGUGCUCACCUCGCUGCCCCUCAACUCACUGAGCCGAAAUGUCGAGGCUGAUUUGCUCUUUCUGUCUGAGGUUCAAGUGCUCCAUGAUAUCACUGCUCUGCUGCAGAGACACCGACAUCUAGCCAAGGACCACUCCCCUGACCUGUACUCUUUGGAGCUGUCUGGCUUAGAGGAAUUGAAGAGGUCUUAUGGGCAAGACUCUCCCCAGUAUCGUGACGCCACCACCAUUCUUACGUCUGCUCUGCAGAAGUUUGGACAGAACGUGUACAGUCUCUAUGGCAACAGUGCAGUGGUGGACAUUGUCACGGUGAAGACGUUUGAGGCUCCUUUGACCAGAAAGUCUCGAUCGAUUCUGGAAUCUCCACAGAUUAGUAAUCCUGGCAGCCCUUACAACUUGGCCUACAAGUACAACUUCCAGUAUGCUGUAAUCUUCAACAUCGUGCUGUGGCUAAUGAUCGUGCUAGCCCUCUCCGUUAUCGCCAUCGCUUACAACCUGUGGAACAUGGACCCAGGAUAUGACAGCAUUAUUUACAGGAUGACAAACCAGAAGAUCCGGAUGGACUAAAUCUUGACUUUCAACAUUCCAAUAGAUCAUUUAGACACCCUCAGUUUUGGAAAAGUUGUUGUUUUCUGUGGUUGUGUUUAGAGAAGAACAGCCGAAUGGGUGGAAGCACCAAACAUGGAAUUUGGUGUCAAACAAAA